AUGGAUAGCAUGAGUGAGGCAUUUGAUCAAAUGCAAAUGGUCAAGGAUGUUCUAGCCAACAGUGAUAAAGUUUCAGAGGUCCUACAAGAGUCUACUCAUCAGUUCAACCUGCUUACUUCACCCACCUUCCUACCAAAGGUCAAGGAUCAAGGGAAAUUCACUCUCCCUUGCACACUUGGGCAUCUUGAGAUUGACAAUGCCUUAGUGGAUUCUGGAGCAAGCAUCAAUCUGAUCUCUCUCUCCAUGGCAGAGAAGCUAGGCAUUGCUGGAGCCUUGCAGCGCCCUACUACUUCAAUCAUGUUUGGAGAUGCAACUUCUAAGUCUCCUCUUGGAGUGUUCAAGAACUAUCACUUGAAAAUUGGAGAAUGCAUCAUCCAAACUGAUCUCACUGUGAUGGAAAUGGAAGAAGAGAAGGAUUUGCCUUUGUUAUUGGGAACACCUUGGAUUUGCUUGGAAAUGGCUUGGAUUUGCCUUUGUUAUUGGGAACACCUUGGAAAUGGCUUGGAUUUUCCUUUGUUUGAUGAGCCACUAGGAAGGGCUCUAAAAGAAGGGGAGGAUGCAGCCUCUAAGGCAAGACCAGGAGAAAAGAAAGGAUCCACCAGCUCAGGCCCCUUCAUCAAGCCAUCUCAGCUCACAAUGACUUUGUUCCCCACCAAGUUUGAAAAUGGGAAGAUUGAGUACAAGAUAAGGUACAAGGGGAGAUCAAGGCCAUUCUCUAGAGCCAAGCCUUGGUGA